CUAUCUAUGUAUUUAUUUAUUUAUUUAUUUGGCAAGCUGUAAUUUUAAUUUGACGAAACUGCAGGCCUAUACGGUCUAUAAACUAAAUAAAAUAUACACACUUUAUAAACCAAACCAUAGAGAGCACUUCUAGUAGCAAACAAAGCCCCCAAGGUGUUAAUUAAAAAUAUAAUGCGCUGGUUAUAAUAUAUAUAUAGACUCAAAUAAGCUCUGCAUUAAAAUUUUAAAGUUAAAGUCUUAUUAUAUUUAACAAUAAACUAGCGCACCUGGAUCUGCACUGAAUGAGAGAAGUUGGUCAAAUAAAACAGAAAUAGCAGUUUGUUUUAUUAUUUUUUAUUUUUUACUUCUUAAAAACUUUCUAAACGUUUAAAAAGUUGUCUUACGGUUAUUAAGCCUUUAUCAUGUUCAUAAUAUACAGAGUUAGCCGUUUAAUAUUCUGUAUCUUACGUUCUCGGCAGUCUGAUUCAAUCGUCCAAUCAUUUGUCUUGGACCCGCCCACCUAGCGCUUCUCUCCGGUGCCAUUGGCCAGCUCGCCUGUCUGUCAAAAACAUCCGUUACUUUUUCUGUUUGCGUACAUGUUGUCGACGCUACCAUAAAGUUAAGGCGGGCGGGGGGUGUUUGUGUUGUGUUUAGGAGUGAAAAAAGACAGAAAUGUGUGCCCAGUUGUGUCCGUUUCAGCGUGAAAAUGGCCAAAAUAGAGAAACAUUUUUAGAAAAUGCUAAAAAUGACUCCCAUUUCGCGAAAUAUUCCGCAUUAGUUCGUAUUGUUUUCCGUGAACCCCCCCUACUCCUAAACUUUUGUUCGACUUAAUGGAGACUUGCUAUAGCUACAUCGUAUUGUGUGGAAUUUAAGUUUCUCAAGAAAGGUUUGACAGGAUAAGUUGAUUAAAUCACUUAUUUAUUGUCUCAGGAAGCGAGAAUGGCGCUGUUUAAUGUGAAUAGUCAAAGUUAGAGCCUGAACAGGCAGGAGGAGUGCGGUGACCGCAAACCGUUCACUGUGAACUAGCUAACGUUCAGCAGCUGGCCGGCUAUUUGUGAUGGUUUCUUCACUUUAAUUCGCUUCGCGGCUGAUAUAACCUCAGAUAUUAAACCAAGCACUCGAGGAGUUUCACUACAGGCGUUCAUAAGAAGAUACUGUGAAGAAACAUUGGAUUGUAGAGCAGAUUUGGCUGUAGGCUGAGCUAGAGGAGCUGUAGGGAGCGAGUUGUGGAGGAUGCUGAUGUGCUCCAAUGAGAAAGUGGAGUUUAAUGUCAACAAACGGCCUGAACAGGACAACCGAAAUGGGGGGAACUCAUCAAACGGCAGUACUGCCAGUAACUCUCCUCGCAGCACCCCGGGCAGUUCCCCGUCUCUGCGGCGGCGUGUGCUGGGGGGUCGGGGCAGUGAGGGGGAGGGUCCUGCUGACCGCAGCGCUGGAGGAGGCUCCGAAAGCCCCCAGCCCACUACACCAUCAUCCACCUCAUCAUAUCCCAAUGCCGCACGACACUUCACACGCAAUGCCAAGAAAAUGCAGAGCUGGUACAAUGUACUCAGCCCUACAUAUAAGCAGAGGAACGAGGACUUCCGCAAGAUCUUCAAGAAGCUUCCGGACACUGAGCGUCUGAUAGUGGACUACUCGUGUGCUCUGCAGAAGGACAUCCUGCUCCAGGGCCGACUCUACCUGUCUGAGAACUGGAUUUGCUUCUACAGCAACAUCUUCCGCUGGGAAACCACUAUUACCAUCCUGCUGAAGGACGUCACCAGUCUGACCAAGGAAAAAACAGCCAAGCUCAUCCCCAACGCCAUCCAGAUCUGCACUGAGCAGGACAAGCACUUCUUCACGUCUUUCGGAGCGAGGGAUCGCAGCUACAUGAUGAUCUUCAGACUGUGGCAGAACGCUCUGAUGGACAAGACUCUGUCUCCUAAGGAGCUGUGGCACAUCGUGCAUCAGUGUUACGGCACCGAGCUGGGUCUGACCAGUGAGGACGAUGACUAUGUCUCCCCUACAGCGGAGCAUAUGAACGGCCUGCUGCCGGGUGAUGAUGCGGUAUGUGUUAAUGAUCUGCUGGAUCAGGCUGCUGUAGCUCCUCCUGGUUCUUCUCCUCCGUCCUCCUCGUCCUCCUCCUGCCCUCCUGUGGAGGUUCCGGCCGUCAGAGCGAGUGCAGAGCCUGAGCCGAGUCCGCCCAGCUCCACACACACCUCCAACAUACAACCCACACACUCCACGCACAGCAUUGCUGCUGCCGCCGCCGCAACCCCGACCUUCACUUCCACCACCACAAGCGUAGAGGAAGGCGGACAGGAGAGCCAGUCAGAACCCGCCAGUCAGGCGGCGGCAAUGUCCACUUCACAUGGCCUGGGUAACGUGUCAUCACUCGACAUAACCAACGACGAGGAGCUGCCCACCGACCCUAGCAACUCCUCCGAUACGCAGGAAGAGAGUGAGGUGGAGUCUUUCUGUUCGGAUCUGAGGGGCCGUCUGCACAUUAACACGGUUCUGCGAAUCGGAGUGGAUAAACUGCACGAUCUGCUGUUCUCUGACACGCACUUCCUCCAGCACCUCUUCACCCAGCGCCACUUCACCGAUCUCUCAGUGCAGGAUUGGCAGCAGGACGUUAGCAGUGGGAACAGCACCAGAGUGCUCAGUUACACCAUCGCCAUCAACAACCCCCUGGGCCCUAAAACUGCCCCCGUGGUCGAGACUCAGACUCUGUAUAAGAGCAGCUCUCGAGGGGAGUGUUACGUGGUGGACUCUGAGGUGAUCACCUCAGGCAUCCCGUAUCAGGACUACUUCUACACCACACACAGAUACUGCCUUACAGCUGUCAGCAAAACCAAGAGCAGGCUCAGGGUUUCGUCUGAUAUCUGCUACAGGAAGCAGCCGUGGAGUCUGGUGAAAGCUCUGAUAGAGAAGAACACCUGGAGCGGCAUAGAGGAGCACUACAGACACAUGGAGGUGGAGGUGUGUAAGUUGGAGACACUCCUGCAGUCUGAAGUGUCUGUGGUGGGAGUCGGUGAAGCCCCCGGCGCAGACGGGGCGAAAGCAGCCGCCGGCCUGCGCAGACGCAAACGCGCCUGCUCCAGACGCGCCGCCGAGAGGGAGGGGCCAGGGGGCACCGGAGAGCGGGCCGAGAGAGGGGUCACGGAGGAGAGAGAGCGCAGAGACGCCGGUGGGCAGUACCUGAAGGUUGGAGAGAGGUGGCGCGGAGCAGCCGGCAACAACAACAUCUCCACCAUCCUGCUCAUCAUCAGCUUCAUUCUGGUGGUGUUGGUUGCUCUGAACAUGCUGCUGUUCUAUAAGCUGUGGGCUUUGGAGCGAGCGGCUCACACACUGGAGACCUGGCACUCGUACUCGCUCUCUGACAGUCCCCUCCCUCAGUCCGCUGCAGAGUGGACGCAGGUUCUUCAGAUGCAGCGUCAGUUCCAUCAGGCUCAGCUGGGCAAAUGGCAGCAAAUCCUCCAGUCGUCGGUCACCCUGCUCGACCAGAUGAAGCAGUCUCUGGAGAAGCUCCACAAAGGCAUCAUCAGUCCGGAGAUGCUGCAGGACGCUCCUGACCCCUCAGCUGCGUCUGCCUCAGACACACUGCCGGAUCAGUGACCGUCUGUCCGUCUGUAUCUCUCUACUGUAGCUCUGCUGAACCCGUUCACAGACUCUUACAGAGAAGCUCUGGUCCAGACAGCUCCUUCUCUGUGACCGCUGACGCUCCAGUGGCUGCAGACUGAGCGUUUUAAUCCUCCCUGCUGGACCUCCUGAUUGUUUAUUAGCCGUGUGAUCACUUCAUCAUGGUUUCAUUAGUGGGUAAAGUUACCCAGGCUCCUUAGCUGCAAAAUGCCUUUCUACUGUGACAGAACCGCGAGGGAAUCCGAGCAGAAGCCCUCGCGUCCAAAAACCACUUCAACACUAAAGCAAUAACUCUGCAAUGCGGUGGUUCCUGCUGUGCCCCGGUUCUGCACGUGCUCGUCCUGCUUUAUCUUAAAAAAAGAAAUACUCCAGACUUUUCAGCCUGAUCUCUGUUUACCGCGCCUGUAGUGUAGCUUCAGUUAUCACCGAAAAAAUAAAGAUAAAAUGUUAGCCAGAACUUUGAAAAGAGAAGAAAACUUCCUCACUCGAAACUCACUUAUAAUGCAGGUCAGUGGGCAGCAGCUGAGAUCCAACUGGACGCUUUUAAGCAGAAGAAACAUUUUCACGAAGUCACGAAGGCAAAUGUCUUGAAUUUCACAUCAAACUGAGUAUUUGAUGUUGGCAAAUGUGCUGUAGAAAAAGAUUAAAAGUAAAUUAGGAAUAAAAGGAAAAGCCGUCCAAUGGAAUAUUGUAAUAAAUCUGACUCAAAACGUCUGAAAUGAUCAUUUCCAGCAGUUUUUCAGUUAAACGUACUGAAGGGGGCGCCGUCCAUUGACUUGCAUUCUAAGUGAAGUCGUUUUCUGUUAUUUUCUAAAUACAAGCAGACGUGAAAUGAUUUUCCGUGGUAAUAUGCUAUACGCUACAGAUGCAGGAGAUUAGGCUGGAAAAUUCUGGAAUGUUUCUCUAAUGAGCGGAGUGGUGGGAUCAGGAGCAGGAGCGGGACUGGGGGUACUUAGGGACCACCGCUGUACGGUGACUCAGCUGUACUUCGGGUAGGGUUCCAUGGAGCUCGGCCUCCAUCCUUAUCAUGGACCUCCUUCCAAACUGCACCUUGAGCCGUUUCUGUCUGGAUGCUCCGGGUCCGGACUCCAGCUUUUUAUGGGCCGCGUUUCAAAAACCGGAGUGGCUCCAGCUGCACAGCGGACCGAACUGUAUCUGAGUCUCUACAGCCGUGAAGCUGCUUCAUGGACACAUUCCUGCGAACGCCUCCUGCUUCGGAAUGGAGCCGCUGCUCUGCGGACUGGGAGCGAUCGGCCUAGAGACGGACGUGUUCGUUCAUUCGUUCAUUCGUUCAUUCAUUCAUUCAUGUCUUUAUUUAAACUGCUAACACACAGAGUUCACUCGUUUACUGAGUGUAACAGUAAUCAAAGCGACGGUCAGCAGGAGGCAGAAUAUCCGAAAUUCUGCUUCUUAACUGUCUCCAUUUUUAUCUUUUUCUCAUCUUCUUUUUCCCCGAAUUCCUGCUCUCACUCUUUUCUCUCUUUCAUUCGUUCUCAUUCCAUCUUUUCCCUUUUUUCUUUUCUCUCUUAAAUUCUGAUUCCUCUCUCUCUUUAUCCAGUUCCCUCAUUUCUUUCUCUUUUUCUCUCUUCAUUCAAUUCCCUUAUUUCUCUUUCUCUACUCGUUCUCUCUCUUUCUGUUUAUCCAAUUCCCCUAUUUC